GAUAUUCUUAUUAGGAAGCGUAUGAGCUAGGGAUAUACCCCACCGCCCAAUAUUCUAUAUAUAUGAGCAAAGAACAUUCAUACCAACACACAACGAGAAAAAUAGAUUCAUCUUUCAAUCUUUUUUUUCCUAAAAACGAAACUUUGUGUGAAGAGAGAGAUGGAGAUAGAACCAAAAUUCAAGAGAAUAUGUGUGUUUUGUGGAAGUAGUGCUGGUAAUAAAUCCAGUUACAAAGAUGCUGCUAUCGAACUCGGAACUGAACUGGUAUCGAGAAAUAUCGAUCUUGUCUAUGGUGGAGGGAGCAUUGGUUUAAUGGGUUUGAUUUCUCAAGCUGUUUUCAAUGGAGGUCGCCAUGUCAUUGGGGUUAUCCCCAAGACACUAAUGCCAAGAGAGAUAACAGGAGAGACAGUGGGAGAAGUGAAGGCAGUAGCAGACAUGCACCAAAGGAAAGCUGAGAUGGCUAAGCACUCUGAUGCUUUUAUCGCUUUACCUGGUGGGUAUGGGACACUUGAAGAGCUUCUUGAAGUUAUCACUUGGGCACAGCUAGGCAUCCAUGAUAAACCAGUGGGAUUGUUGAAUGUGGAAGGAUACUACAAUUCUUUGUUAUCAUUCAUAGACAAAGCAGUGGAAGAAGGUUUCAUAUCACCAACUGCUCGUCAUAUCGUUGUCUCUGCUCCUUCUGCUAAAGAACUUGUCAAGAAACUUGAGGAUUAUGUACCAAGGCAUGAGAAGGUAGCCUCAAAGAAAAGCUGGGAGAUGGAGCAAAUAGGGCUAAGUCCCACUUGUGAAAUUUCAAGAUGAGAAAGGACUAAUUAAAUUUCUUUAAUUAGGACAACCCAAUUGAAUGUUUCUCUCCAAAAUUGGGAUCCUCUUUAUUGAUUGUAAAACGUAGUCCAAGCAAACCGGAAAACAGAUUGACUUUCUUCUUUUUGUGUAGUUGAUCCUGUUAUUUAAUGUAUUUUUUUUAGAUUUUUAUCUGGGAAAAAGAAAAGACAGAAAAUAUGUUGGUUUUGUUUAGUUUGUAUUUUUGUAAUAUGUCCCCUAACGAACAACUCAAUCUUAGGGGGUUUUUCUUUCUUUCUUUUGUUAACGAGUUUUAAAUUGAAUUCUUGUUCUUAAGAUUUCUUUUUUUUU